UCCUUAUAACAUACGUGGCCGGGUGCGCGCGCGAGCUAAUAAUCAAUGGAGCGGGUGAAUUGUCUGGUUCCCCGUAUCCUUCUCUACCUUGUCAAUUCAAAUUUCAUAGUUUUGAGUGAUUCUUCUCGAUGGUAAUUAUUUAUUUAAUUUUGCCGUUAAUUAAGUUCGUUCCACGGAUUAAACGGCGGAAUGAAUCUAGCUUAUAUGAGGAUGACGAUGAAGGCGGUGGUGGAGCAGGUGGAGCGGUGGAGAAAUUCGGUGGUGGAGGGGUUCGCGUCGAAGGCGUGGUCGCUGGUGUACGAGAGGGAUGCGCCGUGGUGGGAGCAGAUUCUGGACCCCAACGGCGAGUUGUGCCUGAAAUGGAACCACAUCUUCCUCGUCACCUCCCUGGUGGGCCUCUUCAUUGACCCCCUCUUUCUCCUCCUCCCUCAGGUCAUGACCGCCGCUUCCUGCAUGUACGUUGACAUCCCCCUCGGCUUCACCCUCAUCUUCUUCCGCGUUAUCGUCGACUUCUUCUCCGUUCUCCAGAUCCUCAUGAAGUUCCGCACCGCCUUCGUCUCUCGCACCUCCCGCGUCUUCGGCAAAGGCGAGCUUGUGCUUCACCCUCGCCUCAUCGCCAUCAGGUACCUUAAAACCGACUUCGCCAUUGAUCUCGCCGCCACUCUUCCUCUCCCUCAAGUGAGUGAUCAUCCAGCGGUAGAUUAUACAGAAUUAUUAUUUGGUUUAUAAUGCCGCUGAAGAAAAGCCCUACGGCUGCUCAUGCGAAUCAUGCCAUUACUCUGGUGAUUAUGCUACAAUAUGUUCCCAAGCUGUUAGUCAUUUUCCCGUUGAACUGGAAGAUCAUCAAGAACACAGGGGUUGUGGCAAAGACUGCUUGGUCUGGUGCUGCAUAUAAUCUUCUUCUCUAUAUGCUGGCUAGUCAUGUUUUAGGAGCUGUAUGGUAUCUGAUGGCGAUAGAGCGAGAGUUGUCAUGCUGGAAGAUGGAGUGCAGAAAGGAGAAGGAGAAAUGCAACCCUUUAUUUCUGGACUGUUCUUAUGCCGCGGCGAUGGAGAAGCGGGCGGAGUGGGCAGUGUCCACUCAGGUGUUCAAGAAUUGCAAUGCCCGAACCACACCCAACGGCUUCCAGUUCGGGAUGUUCGCGGCUGCAUACAACGACCAAGUUUCCUCUGCCACCUUCUUUGAGCGCUACUUUUAUUGCCUCUGGUGGGGUUUGAGGAGCCUCAGUUUGCAGUUCGUAUGGACAAGGAAUGGAGACCACAACAUACACGGUUGAGACACUAUUUAGUUCUAUUAUCUGUCUUAUGGGCUUAGUUAUUUUCGCACUUCUGAUUGGAAAUAUGCAGUCUUAUCUGCAAUCAAUGUCAACAAGACUGGAAGAAUGGAGGGUGAAACGCAGAGAUACAGAGGAGUGGAUGAGACACCGUCAAUUACCCCAAGAACUGCAGGAACGUGUUCGCCGAUUUGUUCAAUAUAAAUGGCUUGCCACUAGAGGAGUGGAAGAAGAAGAGAUAUUACGUUCAUUACCCUUGGAUAUACGCCGCGAAAUACAAAGGCAUCUUUGUCUAGCUCUUGUUCGUCGGGUCCCUUUUUUCGCACAAAUGGAUGACCAACUUUUAGAUGCUAUAUGUGAGCGCCUAGUUUCAUCGUUAAACACGAAGCACACAUUCAUCGUCCGGGAAGGCGAUCCAGUGAAUGAGAUGCUUUUCAUUAUCAGAGGGCAACUGGAGAGUUCCACCACAAAUGGAGGACGCUCUGGAUUCUUGGACUCCAUAACUCUUAAACCCGGCGACUUUUGCGGCGAAGAGCUGCUGACGUGGGCACUAAUGCCAAAUAUGAAUGCCAACCUUCCAUCAUCAACACGAACAGUGAAAUCGCUUACAGAAGUGGAGGCAUUCGCUCUCCGAGCUGAAGACCUGAAGUUCGUGGCAAACCAAUUCAAGCGCCUGCACAGCAAAAAGCUGCAGCAUGCUUUCCGAUGUUACUCACACCAGUGGAGGACGUGGGGAGCUUGUUUCAUCCAAGCUGCAUGGAGGCGUUACAAGAGGAAGAGGCUGGCAGAGGAGUUGGCUAGACAAGAGAGCUUGGCCUGUACAAAAUAUAUGGACAGGGAUGGUGAUGAUGAUGGCGAUAGUAUUUUUGAAGACAACAAUGCUCAACAUCUGGGUGCUACAAUUUUGGCUUCAAAAUUUGCAGCUAACACAAGGAAAGGCGCUGCUGCUGGCCAGAAGGUGAGAGUGGUGGAUCCUACUGAUCCCGGUUUGCGGAUGCCCAAGCUUUUUAAACCCAAUGAACCCGACUUUUCUGGACAUGGUGCAGCGACUCAACCAGCGGGUGAUCCAUUUGAGUGAAGAUCCCUCCAUUAUACUACGUACUACGUAUAAUUAAUGUAGACAGAAGUCUAUCUUGAGUCUAAUAUACUCCAUCUAUCCCAAAUUCAGUUUACAGUUUAAUUUUUCGAGUCCAAUUCUAUUAAUUUUGACCGUUACUUAUGAGUACCUUUAUCGUAUUACCGGUUGUAUAAUACGGAGAAUGAUUUGUCCACCCGGUGACAUUUUUGUAAUUUUGGUUGAAAUUCAUGACUUCCGGUUGUACUUGUAUUAAACAUUAAGCCUAUUCUGUUGAGUAUUAGAAAUCUAAUAUUGAGUAUCA